CGGCUGCAUAAUCUGGUCCCCUCCUGGUUUUCAAACAACGACGAGGGGGUUUCUUUCUCGCUUAUAUGCGAAACGCGUCUCGCCCGGUAACCCUGUGUUGAAUCCCGCGUGAGUCGGUCCCGCUCAAUCGAGUGGCGCAAUGCCAGGGACAAUCCUGCCCCCGAGAUCCCACCGGCAACACGCACAGAUGGACCGCUCCUCGGCCUCCGGGCCUGAUUUCUACUUGAUUGCCGAUCAGGACACGGUCUACGAGCAGGAUCUGCUGCGCAAUCCCGGGAGCAUCAAGCCAUGGUUGGCUUACAUUGAAUACAAGCAGCAGAAUGGAACUCUGUAUGAGCAGGCCUUUGUGAUGGAACGCGCCUGCAGACAGCUGCCGAGAUCGUACAAGUUGUGGAAACUGUAUCUGGAGUUCCGGACAAACCACCUGCGAGGCCGCAAUGCGACAGUCUACAAGGCCGAGUACCACAAGGUGAACGCGCUCUUUGAGCGGGCUCUCAUCCUCCUCAACAAGAUGCCCCGCAUCUGGGAACUAUACCUCUCAUUUUUGCUGCAACAGCCCCUGGUGACGCAGACCCGGCGCACCUUCGACCGCGCCCUCCGCGCUCUUCCCAUCACGCAACACAACCGCAUCUGGAGGCUCUACAAGACGUUUGCGCGGUCCGCGUCGGGGCUGACGGCCGUGAAAAUCUGGGCGCGCUACAUGCAGAUCCACCCGGAGAAUGCCGAGGAGUAUAUCAGCCUACUGGUCGACAUGGGCCAGUACACCGAGGCCGUGAAGAAGUACAUGGAGAUCCUCGACGACCCGCGGUUCCAGUCCAAGGAAGGGAAGAGCAACUUCCAGCUGUGGACCGAGAUGGUCGACCUCCUGGUCUCCCGGGCGAAACAGAUUGAGACCGGGCCCCGCGUGGGCAUCGAUGUGGACGCCAUCCUGCGCAGCGGCAUCGACCGGUUCGCGGACCAGAGAGGCAAGCUGUGGGCGGGGCUGGCGACCUACUGGAUCACACGCGGCAACUUCGAGAAGGCGCGGGAUGUCUUCGAGGAGGGUAUCACUACCGUCAUGACGGUGCGCGAUUUCACGCUGGUCUUCGAUGCGUAUGUCGAAUUCGAGGAGUCCAUCAUCGGUAGUCUGAUGGAGUCCGCCGCGGCGCGGACGGAGAAUGACCAGAGCGACGAGGAGGCCGACUUUGACCUCGACCUGCGGAUGCUGAGGUUCGAACAGCUGAUGGAUCGACGGCCGUUCCUCGUCAACGAUGUACUUCUCCGACAGAACCCCAACAACGUCAUUGAAUGGGAAAAGCGAGUCGCUCUUUGGGGCGACAACAAGCAUGAGAUUGUGCAGACCUACACCGCCGCUAUCGCAGCGAUCAACCCUAAGAAGGCGCACGGAAAGUUCUCAGAGCUCUGGGUCAACUACGCCAAAUUCUACGAAAACGGUGGCGAUCUAGAUACUGCACGGGUCAUCAUGGAGAAGGCCGUCAAGGUUCCUUUCAAAUCGGUGGCGGAACUGGCCGAGACGUGGUGUGAAUGGGCUGAGAUGGAGCUGCGAAGUGAAAACUUCGACAAGGCGGUCGAGAUCAUGGCCAAGGCGACCCAAGCACCUAAACGAUCGACGGUGGACUAUUUCGACGAGACGCUCUCGCCCCAGCAACGUGUGCACAAGAGCUGGAAGCUGUGGAGUUUCUACGUGGAUCUGGUCGAGAGUGUGUCGACAAUCGAAGAGACGAAAGCAGUCUAUGAACGCAUCUUCGAGCUCCGCAUCGCUACGCCUCAGACUGUGGUCAACUACGCCAACCUUCUGGAGGAGCACAAGUAUUUUGAGGACUCGUUCAAGGUCUACGAACGGGGAUUGGAUCUGUUCAGUUAUCCCGUUGCCUUUGAACUGUGGAACCUGUAUCUUACCAAGGCAGUCGACCGCAAGAUCGGCAUUGAGCGACUUCGGGACCUGUUCGAACAGGCCCUGGACGGAUGUCCGCCCAAGUUUGCCAAGCCCCUCUACCUGAUGUACGGCAACCUGGAAGAGGACCGCGGUCUAGCCCGGCACGCGAUGCGGAUCUACGAGCGGGCAACGCGCGCCGUGUCGGACGAGGACCGCUUCGAGAUGUUCGAGUUCUACAUCACCAAGUCGGCCUCCAAUUUCGGUUUGACGUCGACGCGCCCGAUCUACGAGCGCGCUAUCGCCGCCCUGCCGGAUCAAGAAGCGAAGGAGAUGUGUCUCAAGUUCGCCGAGAUGGAGCGCCGCCUCGGCGAGAUCGACCGGGCCCGCGCAAUCUACGGGCAUGCGUCGCAGUUCUGCGACCCCCGCACCAAUGCUGGGUUCUGGCAGAAGUGGGAAGCAUUCGAAGUGCAGCACGGAAACGAGGAUACGUUCAAGGAGAUGCUGCGGAUCAAGCGCAGUGUUCAAGCUCAGUACAACACCGACGUCAACUUUAUUGCAUCGCAGGCUAUUGCACGCAGUCAACAACGCAACCAGGCUGGGGAACAGCCCCUCGAGAACGGAGAUGAAGACUCCGCCGCCGCGGCGGCGGAGCACGCUGAUGCCAUGGCCGCGUUGGAGCGACAGGCUCGCGCCCCUGUGGGCUUUGUGGCGGCCAGCACCGGUCCUGAGGGCGGCAACCGACCUGCACCGGAGAAGCAACCCGCUGUUGUUGCGGCUCCCGUCAAUCCGGAUGCAAUUGAUCUGGAUGAUGAGAUGGAUGACUAGUGUUUUGGAUGUGUUGCGGCGUUACGCAUGACACUUUUUUUCUUUUCUUUUUUUUUUUUCCUGCUGCUUGCAUAUAUGAGCCUGUCUGUUCAGUUGCAUAGAUGAACCUACUUGCCCGCCUGCCAGCCAUAUUUGCUGGCUGCUUGCUUGCCUGCUGUACGAG